UUGGCCUCCGUGUGUUCCAGACAAAAAUUAACUUUCCAGUCACUCUUCCACAACGUGACUGGUGGAGACUUGGGCGCUGGUGAAACGCUGGGGACUGUUUCCUCUGGCACAGCUGGCACUUUGAGGAGGAGGAGAGCCACAGGCAGAGCAACGAUGGAUGAAAAGAAUCGAGAGAAGAAGGGGGCGAUGACCCUGGUCCUUGCCCUGGCAACGCUGAUAGCUGCCUUUGGUUCAUCCUUCCAAUAUGGGUACAACGUGGCUGCUGUCAACUCACCGUCAGAGAUCAUGAAGCAAUUUUACAAUGACACCUACCAUAGAAGAACGGAUGAUAAGCUCGAUUCCUUCACCUUGACGCUCAUGUGGUCCCUGACGGUGUCCAUGUUCCCCUUCGGAGGCUUCUUAGGUUCUCUCAUGGUUGGAACCUUGGUGAAUAAGAUGGGCAGAAAAGGGGCCUUACUCUUCAACAACAUAUUCUCCAUCGUGCCAGCCAUCUUAAUGGGGUGCAGCAAAAUUCUUGAAUCAUACGAGCUUAUAAUUGUUUCCAGACUUCUGGUUGGGAUCUGUGCAGGCAUAUCUUCCAAUGUGGUCCCUAUGUACUUAGGGGAACUGGCCCCUAAAAACCUGCGAGGGGCUCUCGGGGUGGUUCCCCAGCUCUUCAUCACGAUCGGCAUCCUUGUGGCCCAGCUGUUCGGCUUUCGUAAUCUCUUGGCCAACGAGAAAGGCUGGCCCAUCCUCCUGGGACUAACUGGAGUCCCUGCAGCUCUGCAGCUUGUUUUCCUGCCCUUCUUCCCCGAGAGUCCCCGCUACCUGCUGAUUGAGAAAAAAAAUGAACUGGCUGCUGAGAAAGCCCUGCAGACACUUCGAGGUUGGAAAGAUGUGACCGAUGAGAUGGAGGAGAUCCGGAGGGAGGAUGAGGCUGAGAAGGCCGAGGGCUUCAUCUCUGUGUGGAAACUCUUCAAGAUGCAGUCACUGCGCUGGCAGCUCAUCUCUGUCAUCGUCCUCAUGGCCGGGCAGCAGCUGUCAGGAGUGAACGCGAUUUACUACUAUGCCGAUGAGAUCUACCUCAGCGCAGGUGUGAAAAGCGACGAUGUCCAGUAUGUGACGGCUGGGACAGGGGCGGUCAACGUGUUCAUGACCGUUGUCACAAUCUUUGUGGUAGAGUGUUGGGGAAGACGGCUUCUCCUCCUCCUUGGCUUCUCCACCUGCCUCAUAUCCUGUAUCGUGCUGACGGCUGCCCUGGCGCUGCAGAACACCAUCGUCUGGAUGCCCUACAUCAGCAUCAUCUGUGUCAUUGCCUAUGUCAUAGGUCACGCCCUGGGACCCAGCCCCAUCCCUGCACUGUUAAUCACGGAGAUCUUCCUGCAGUCCUCCAGGCCCUCUGCCUACAUGAUUGGAGGCAGUGUCCACUGGCUCUCCAACUUCGCCGUGGGGCUCAUCUUCCCAUUCAUUCAAGUGGGCCUUGGUGCCUACAGCUUCAUCAUCUUUGCAAUCAUAUGUCUGCUCACCACCAUCUACAUCUUCUUGGUUAUCCCAGAGACCAAAGGCAGGUCAUUCAUUGAGAUCAACCAAAUUUUUGCCAAGAAGAACAAAGUGUCAGACAUAUACCCGGAGAAGGAGGACCUCAAAGACCUCCCACCUGGCAUCCCUCUGGAGUAGCAGAGCCAGGCCAUGACCCAGGGUGGGCGGUCUGCAUGGACCUCCUGUCUAUACUUCAGCUCUGGAUUCUUAUUGUCUGACAUUGGAAGGGAGGCUAGCCUGGUGGGGAAAUCCAGCCCGUCACUAGCCUCCCUCCACUGGGGGCAUCUGACCUGCUUUUCUUGGGGCCUUUCUGCUGCCUCCAACCAUAGAGGCGAGCCACAGGCUCUCACUCACAUGCAAAGCUGUCCCUUGCCUUUGCUGGGUUGACUCUGGAGGGAUCCUGUAACGUCUCUUUUCUGGCAAAAAACAGUUAUUGCGGGACCAGACGAGAGGAUCAUCAUUCACCAGCAAAAGUGCUUCUUCUGUGGCUCCCGUAGGCCUCCAGGGCUACUGGCAUCUGCCCAGGAUUGAAGUCAUCCUCUCUCCUGACCCAGCCGUGUCACGAAGCUGGGGAACAGACCGUAGGAGGACACUCUGGGCAUGAAAUAGUAACCGUAAAUGAUAGUUUUCUGUAUAGCCAAUAAAACAGAUCUGAUCACUUUUCACUAA